AUGUAAUAUUAAUUUGACUGCCAUACUGCACAUGCUGUAUGUUCGUUAGAUAGAUUUAACCUGCUAAAUAAUGGGGAUCGCAAAAAUUUUACGAUGAACAUUGGAUUUUAAUACAGAGCCUAUGAUCGAUAUAGAUGAAAUGAAAGAAAUAAACGAGAGCCUAUGAUCGAUAUAGAUGAAAUGAAAGAAAUAAACGAGCCUAGGAUAUAGUCGAAAUGGAAAAAAUAGACGAGAUACUUCUUUAUGCUGCAAAAGACGGGAGACUGUAUGACGUCAUUCUGUGUUUAAAGUACCGAGCUGAUAUAAACUGUCAAGAUAUGAAUGGUAGAACUCCAUUGCAUUAUGCUGUUAAAGAAAGACACAAGACUACAAUCUCAUUAUUAUUAGAGCGAGGCAGUGAUCAAACUCGAAAAGACGAGUAUGGUAGAACUUCAUUGCAUUAUGCCGUUAAAGAUGGAUACUUGAACACAGUCUCAAUGUUAUUGAAGCAUGGCAGUGAUCCAAAUAUGAAGAACAAAUAUGGUAGAACCCCGUUGCAUUAUGCCGUUAAAGGUGGACACAAGAACAUAGUCUCAUUAUUAAUUAAGCGAGGCCUAGAUCUAAAUUUGCAGGACAAGUUUGGUGGAACAUCAUUACAUUGGGCUGCAGACUUUCGACACCCGGAGAUAUUCAUAAUAUUGUUGAAGUCCGGCAGUGAUUCAUCAAUAAAAAAUAUUUCGGGAAAAACACCGUAUGAUAGAUUGAAAGAAGUUCUUGGUGGUUCAGUUGACACUAAAGAACUAGAUUUAGUGCUGGAGUCCGUGGAACUAAUUAUACAGGAAAAAGAAAACGAAAAACCAGAAACAGCUAGAGUCUUAAAGGAAUUGAGAGGACUUGGUUUGGAAACAAUUUCCGAUCUGCAGGAAGUGCUCAAACUUGGCCAAUUUAAAUGCUACUGGAACAGAAUAUAUCUUGUGGGGCCUUAUAACUCAGGCAAGAGCUGUCUUGCAAAAAUUCUAGUCGGCGAACCAAUUCCAAAAGAGCGAGAAUCAACUGAUGGAAUAUGGAUAUACAUUGGAAGGGCUGGCAUGGACUUAGAGAAAACACAAUGGAUGUGUUUUCCAAAAGGUUGUGCUGUGCAGGAAGUACUAAGGAGUAUGCUAAUGACCAUUUCUAAAUCUGAAAGUACAGAAACGCCACAAUAUGAUAUCAAUACUUCACAAUAUAUAACAAUGGUCCCUACAACAAAAGUUACUAUACAACCUGUUAUAGAAGAUAACACAAGUAGUUCACACCCAGAAUUGGCAUCUAAGUCUAUUGAAGAAACCAUUUUAAAAAGCGAUGUGCGAAAAAUUACCGAUAGCGAUUGCAGUAUGCCUAAAUUCCAGUGUGACACAAGUAAUUGGCCGGAUAGUCAAACUCCUAGCUCUACCGCAAUUGCCUUCAGUGAUAAUUACAGAGGAGCCAAUGUGUCUGAAAAAGAAACCACAAAUGAAUCUACUAUUCCUUUUGGUUUAGAAAUUUGUGCUGCUCAAGAAAAAAAUAUUGAAGAAGUUCCUGUUGCUACGAAAAAUUCUUUCACAGGAAUCUUAAUUUCGAAAAGUAAACUAUCCAGUAUUCAUGCUGUGAACAAGGAAACAGAUAAAUCAAGAGGAUUACCAGAAGACCGCAAUGUGUCAAGUGUUUCGUAUGAAGAACAGUUAAAAAAAAAGAUAUCAAGUGAAUUGUCACAUAAAAAAAUCCACCAACUAGUGACCCAAGCUAUUACGAAUGGACAGUAUAAACAAACUGUAAUACCUAUAGAUAUCUGGGAUUUUGGCGGACAGAAAGACUAUCAUAUGACCCAUCAGCUCUUUAUUACAAGCAGAGGGAUUUUUGUAUUGAUGUUCAAUGGUAGCAUUGAUUUAAAAAAGGCAAGACGAGAUUUAGCAUUUAUGCAAGGAUAUUCCGCUAAACGUUCAUCAGUGGCAGUAUAUCUGAUUCACUGGGUGAAUUCCAUUUUAACAUACUCCAAACGCUUAGAUAAAGGAUUUCCAAGAAUUGUUUUUGUAGCUACGCAUAAGGAUAAGAUUGCAAAGAAGAAGCAGGCAUCUCACAGAAACAAACUUAUGGAUCAAAUCGGGGAUUUAUUUAAAUCACAUGCAGGUCUAAAACAUCUUGACUUCAGGCCACUCAUUUUUAUCAAUGCUAUAGAUAUAAACGAUCCAGAGAUUGAAGAUCUCCGAAUGGGUCUGAUGAACAGAGCUCGUGAGCAUCCACGAUGGGGUGAACUUAUGCCAACAGUAUGGGUUCCAUUGGAAUUGCAGCUAUUAAUGGAAGUAGAAAAAGGCAUAAAUAUUAUGUCAAAAAAACAGCUGGAAAUGCUAAAUUCACAGAACGAAUCAAUGGUACUCACGGAACAGCAGCUGGAAACUUUUCUUUUGGUUCAACAUUCUCUUGGAAAAGUACUUUACUUCAAUACAAAUACACUCCGUAACUUUGACAUCAUUAAACCAGCCUUCCUUGUAGAUGUUCUCCGAUCAAUAGUUACAGAAAAGCAGUUUUGGAUCAAAGAGAGGCGGUUUGUUCGUAUCCUACAAUCAUUGAUAGAUACAGGCUUUGUUGAACGGGAGGAUAUUUAUCUAAUAUGGAAUCAGGACGCUUUUAACCAAAUUCUUCCUUAUAGAGAAUUUAUGAUUGAAGUUUUGGUUCAUCUGGACAUCCUAGUUGCUCCACAACCUCACGAUGAAAAUUUGAACUAUAACAUUCAAGACAUUUCAAGGUUUCUUGUUCCUUGUAUGAUAACAAGACCUAACAAAACCAAGUACAUGAAAAAAUUUUGUACUUCAAAAACGUCUAUUGUAAUGUCAUAUACAUUCAUUGAAGAAGUCAUACCCCCAGCGCUUACAUAUAGGUUUCUUGGGUCAUUUGUUACCAUGUGGGGUGUAAAAAAUUACAAAGGAAAAAAGAGAAUGCUGUUCAGUGAUCUUGCCGUUGUAGAAGUGGAUAAAAGUCAUGAUGUUGCAGUGCAGGUAUUGAAAAAUAGAGUUGUGGUAUUUUUAAUCCAUUCAGAAAGGAAGGAAAAUAUUAUACCAACACUUGCAUCUUCUGUGCAAGAGUGCUUAUCUGUAGCAGUUCACAGAAUUUCUGAAUUUUACUCAACGCUUUCGGAGGAGAGCAAUACAUUGCAACAAAACUCUCAUAUGGUCAUGCCAUUUGAAAUUGAUUUUGGGGUUCAUUGCAAAACUUCUGUAUGUUUCUUUCCACUAAAAGAAAUCCCAACAUCUGCUCAAAAUCAAGGAUGGCGAUGCAGCUGCCACAGACGGAAUCAUGAUGUCAGCUCUCUUAGAUUAUGGUUUUCUGAAACAAUGCCUCAUGAUCAAUGUGACGAGUCGUGCAUUGGUCUUGAUAAAAUGAAAGUACAGCUAUGUCCGGAAGAAAAACACUUACGCAGAUUGGUAGCAGGACUAACGAAUGACAUUUGUCGUGAGCUCUUCAUUUCACUUGAGAUGGAAACUAGUAUUUGGGACGAUGUACGUCAACAGUUCAAUCAUCUUCAUCCUGACGACUCAAAAUUCACUUCUCUGAUAAGAUGGAAAGAAGGGAGAAGAAAUCCUACGUUCCAAGAUAUUGUUGAUGCCUUAGAAAAAUGCAACCUAGAUAAACAUCUACUUUGUCAGGUUUUUAGAGAUGUAGUUCCAGAUACCUCAGGAAUUUCAGUUGAUACUAUGGACAAAGUACCAUCUACCGCUACUUUGCACUGUCUGGCAAACCAUAUCGGAAACAGUAGUAUGCAGUUAGGUGUAGAACUAAACUUAACUAUGUCUGAAAUACACAACAUACAAUACGAACACAAGGACAAGCUGUUGAAUCAGACGAAGGAAAUCUUACGGAUCUGGCAGCAGAAGAAAGCUCCAAGACCUACAAAUACAAUACUGAUCAAAGCCUUACAUAGGAUUGGAAAAAUCAACUGCAUAAGCAUGAUAAGAUGAAUAACAUUGUUAUACAGGCAUACUGGUGCAUAUGAUGUGUACCAUGUCAUCUCAUCUUGAGCUUUGAUUUAAAUGUAAUUAUUGUACAUAAAUACUGUUUACAAAUGUGCAUAGAAUAAUUGUUUUUAAACUUAAUAAAAACAUACAGAAAAUA